UCCUUUCCGAAGAAGGAUAGGAAAUUCGAUAUGAUCGAAUUGGGAUAUAUAUGACGUGACAUCCGUAACCGUGAGGACUGACAGUAGCUAUUGUCUUUGAGCAGGUUUAGCAGUUACGUUUAAAUUUGAUUAAGAUUACAAUAAUAUUCACAGAUUCGCUUACAAAAACAGCAAAGGCUACUCGUCAAAUCGGUGAAAAUCAUGGAGGUGGAGCUCAAAGAAUUGCUGAAUGAUCUCCAAUCUCUUAAGAAAUCGCUCUCAGAUCCUUCCCAUCUUGCUCUAAUCGACAAGAUGCAUUUGCAUGCUGAAAACAUCGCUACCCUUGAGAAUUCAGGACCUACUCGCCGGUCAAAAGUCAAGGACAUGAGUGCUGAGGUUGUUGACAGCAAUCCAUAUAGCAGGCUUAUGGCACUUCAGAGGAUGGGUAUUGUGGAGAAUUACGAAAGGAUACGAGAAUUCUCAGUUGCCAUAGUUGGCAUAGGUGGUGUUGGCAGUGUUGCUGCUGAGAUGCUAACAAGGUGUGGCAUAGGUCGUCUUUUGUUGUAUGAUUAUGACAAAGUGGAGUUAGCUAAUAUGAAUAGGCUAUUUUUUCGCCCAGAGCAGGUUGGUAUGACAAAGACAGAUGCUGCUGUACAAACUCUUUCAGAGAUAAAUCCUGAUGUUGUGCUUGAGAGCUACACGUUGAAUAUCACAACAGUGGAAGGUUUUGACACAUUUAUGUCAAGUCUUACAAAUAAGUCAUUCCGCCCAACUAAGAGUGGCAGUGGGAUUGACCUCGUUUUGAGCUGUGUAGAUAAUUAUGAAGCAAGAAUGGUAGUAAAUCAGGCCUGCAAUGAAUUAAACCAGACAUGGAUGGAAUCUGGUGUAUCUGAAGAUGCUGUCUCAGGUCACAUACAAUUGUUGAUUCCUGGUGAAAGUGCUUGCUUUGCAUGUGUACCUCCUCUGGUUGUAGCAUCUGGAAUCGAUGAACGGACCCUAAAGCGUGAAGGGGUUUGUGCUGCCUCUCUACCUACUACAAUGGGAGUGGUAGCUGGACUUUUAGUUCAAAACACAUUGAAAUACUUGUUGAAGUUUGGACAGGUGUCACCAUAUCUGGGGUACAAUGCCCUCAAAGAUUAUUUUCCAACGAUGGAGAUGAAGCCAAAUACACAAUGUUCAAAUGUUGCUUGUUUGGAACGGCAGAAGGAAUACAUUCUUGCAAAACCUAGCAGGGAUGCUGCUGCUAAAGUAAAGGCGGACAAGGAAGCAUUAUCAGCACCAGAAAACCCUGUUCAUGCAGAUAAUGAAUGGAACAUAAGCGUUGUUGAUGACAAUGAAGUGGAUGGUGCUGUCAGUAGACAUUCAGGUGUCCUUCCUGAAGGUAUUGUUCAUGAGCUGCCAGUAGCUGAUGAAUACACAAAACCAGCUAUUACAGAGAUUGUUGGUCCGGCGGAUGACCUUGAAGAACUCAGAAGGCAACUUGAGGCCCUUAACGCAGAUUAGAUUACUGAAAUAUAAAGAGACACAUGUUCUAAAUUGCAUGAUACUUGUGUAAAAUUUCCUUGCUUCAGAGACCAUUAAGCUUGAUAGUCUUGGGAUUUGGAGGCAUUUUUAAUGCUCUUAAUGCUGAUUGUUUAAAUGAAUGGACAGUGAGAGUUUGUUCCUAUUCAUGCGGCGGGAUUGAAGACAUGUAAAAGUCAAACUAGUCUUAUACUGCAACAACUUGCUGACAGAGAUGGGGUUACCGUUGUAUUACUAAAGAGGCUAAUCAAAUGUCGUUACCAUCUCGUUUCUUCCAAUUUAGAACCCCGGAAGGUGUUAAAUUAAUGAAGACAUAUUAAACAAUGUUCGAGUA